AUGCCCUGUUUUGAGGAAGAUAAGCUUGCAUCUCUAGAUCCAAUCAAGUAAUUCGACAAAUGGUUUGAUCAAGCCACUAAAUGCCCAGAGGUGGGCGAAGCCAAUGCAAUGUGUCUUUCAACAAAGACAAAGGAUGGAUGUCCUUCUGCACUCAUGGUUCUUCUGAAAGUCUACAGCGAAGAAGGAUUUUGCUUCUUUACCAAUUAUGAGAGUCGGAAAGAUUCAGAGCUGCAAUCCCUAUGCCUUGUCUUUUACUGGGAACCACUAAACAGGCAGAUUCGGAUUGAAGGUACUGCAGAGAGAAUCCUGUAUGAAAGUUCACGUGUCUACUUCCACUCAAGGCCCAAGAGCAUUCAGAUCAGUGCUGUUGUUAGAAGACAGAGCACAUUAAUACCAAGCAGACAAUACCUGAGAGACAAGAAUGCAGAGCUUGAAGAAAGGUAUAAGAACACAGAGGUACCAGUGCCAGAUUACUGGGGGGGAAACAUUGUCAAGCCUUUCCUGAUUGAGAUCUGGCAGGGUCAGACCAGCAGAUUACAUGACCGAAUUGUGUUCCUGCAGCCCAAAGGGGAAGAGACUGGGCUGAGGGAAAUGCAGCACCAAGCAGCAGGGGGCUGGAUAUACCAAUGGUUAUCCCCUAGAUGGAGCGAUUGCUAG